GUCAAUCUGUCUGAACCUAUCCUUUCAAGAUUUGAUGUUCUGUGUGUUGUGAGAGAUGAAGCUGACCCUAUGCAAGACCAAAAAUUGGCUGAAUUUGUUGUUCAAUCGCACCGAAAACAUCACCCAUCUCGUGUUGCUGCGGGUGAUUUUGAUGGAGUAUCAGAAUCUGAUCCAUCUCUUGGUGAUGUAGAACCUAUUCCACAAGAUCUUUUGAAGAAGUACUUAGUGUAUGCUCGUGAAAAUGUCCAUCCCAAACUGCAGAGUAUGGAUCAGGAUAAAGUUGCAAAAUUAUACAGUCAGCUGAGGCAAGAAUCUUUG